CUGCAGCAUUUCCCUUCCUCCCUCCCUCCCUCUCCUUUCAUUGAUUUUUUCAAGCACCAUCUAACGGUCGGAUGACUAAAGCUUUUCAAGUGCUGUGGCCAUAGACUUGUCAGCCCUAGCUUCCGGUCCGUUAUUAUUCUCUUUGUCAAGGUUGCGUGCACAUUCGAAAGUGCACCACAAGAACGUUUGUUACAUCCUCACACUUUUUUUACAACUUUCUUUAUUCUCGGGGAGGGAUUUCUCGUAUAUUCAAAUAAUUUGGCUGUGUGUAGUCUCGGCGGCAGACCCAUAUGCCCUCUAUCAAACAGGUAAUUCAACUCGGAAUUCGAACUCUUGCGGUCGUCUGCAUUGCGGUUCCGAAAUCCCACACGUUGAAGGUUGGGAGAUUGAGACGAAAAUAUACAAAGUUUUCACGAGGAAGUUGUGGUUUCUGUCUUCGGUAUUCCCUAAAUACCGCAGUUGACUAGCCGAAAAGACUCGAGUACUUGCUGCUAAAUGCUCGCUAACAUCCCUGAUCAGGGAUUCGAGCGAGCAGCCCGUGAGCGUAACACGUGCUCAAUGAACGAGUCAUUGAUCCGCAGAGAAGACUGAACCAAAGUAAAAGCAGCAAGCAUGAUUUCAGCAAGGAAGUUAUUAUCCAACAGGUUGAUGGUUACCUUUAAUAUCCCAUCACAACAUCUGGGGACGAAAUCAGAGGCUACAACCACUAGUACCUCUAAAAAGAAGUUCAAUGAUAGUGCUCUGAAAAAAUGGGCAAUAGUGUCACCCCUCGUUGGAGCCAAACAGCUUGCAUCAUCAUUUGUAACUGGAAUUGAAGUUACACCUACAGCCAUUACAUGGGCUGUAUUAGACACUCAGUUAAAUGAGGUUGUUGAUUGUGGAUCUUCACCACUGUUUAGUGAAGUUGUUCGUGUCAAUUCAUCUUCUAUACUUGACAUGGCUCAUCAGGUGAAAGAUUUGAUACCGAAAAGUGAUUUGUUUGUCCUGGAAGAUAAGAUGUGGACUAGAGGAGGGAUCAAAUCUAACAUGGAUAUGGGGACAAAUCUCUUGACAUUUCAAGCAAUGUUGUAUGCACUGCUCAAUGAAAACUACAUACCUGAAGAGUCUCUACCUAAAGUCUUUUACAUCCAGACCAAGGCCAUAUUAAAACUUUUUAAUCUGAAAGUAGGAAAUGAAAGAGUAUCUAGUCAAAACAUUGUACAUAGGAUGAUAAGAAGGUCUGAUGUUGGAUACAUGUUGGACAACAGUUGGGAAAAUAUGGGCAGUUUAGAAGUAACCAAAGACGAUUAUGGUAGGAUCGGUUGGUCUGAUCCAGAAAUGGUCAAAAAGAUUUGGACUCGUGACGAGCUUUGGAGAGAGAAUAUUUCAAAUGCCAUUCUAACCGCGCAUGCCUUCACAGAUCUCUGUCUUAAAGAAGACGGUGAAGCUCUGCGUUUAUUGUGGAAGCGCAAUUAAACUGAUAACUCGAAUUGUUGCAAAUAUAGUUGUUGCCAUCUGUGGAGUUGAGUUGAUAGCUGUGUAGACUCGCGAGCGAUGAUUUACUUGGCUGAGAAUCAACAAGGGAUCGAUUUUCCAUUAAUUUGAAUUAUUAAUCGAGGGGUUAUACGAGUUCGUAAAAUUGGCCGCAGUCAUGUUUACGUGAACGAUGACGUCAGAGCAAGUAUACUGUAUCUCGUGAAUCGUUACUCAAUAGACUCAUCCAAACACUUGAGAGAGGUGGCGCCUCAAUCAAUAAUACUCAAUGGUUAUAAACAGAAGAAGUCUGUCAUUUAACUGCUGCUGCUGCUGGUUGUAAAAAGUUUGUUGCCCUCACAGUUGAAGGCACCAUCUGCUUCCUAUUAAUCAGCUAUGGCUUAUAGACGACGCCGAUGUUAUUAAAAACGACUCCCGCUUGUUCACUAAGCAACGUGAGGGGAGGGUUAUUCAGUAUUCCCUCACGACUCGUCAAGUUGGAUAAGCGAAUUUAUCCAGUUUCAUCAGCCAAUGAUUCAGGAUCAAUUUCCCCGAGAUCGUUGCGGUCGAGCAGUAUAUAGUGGACGACCCGGUAGUGGUCUAUUGACGUCACCAAGCAUAUUGCACUAUACAAGCGUGUUCAGGUCGUAUCCGGCUGAAAUUAGUAUACAUUUUUUCUUGUAACUUUUUAUUUUUUUUAUUUUAUUUUUUUUUGUUAUUUUUCGCGCCUAAUGCAGACAAGAUUUUUGGUCAGGAGUUCUCUCCUCUCUAUGGCGAACGUGGGGGCGUUCUAAUGUUCUAUACACGUCCAACCUUCAGUUACCUUCGGAGCGUCGGCCAGAGCAGAAGCUUUUUCUACACACUAGUGUGUUUCGUAUGGAAUCGUCGUGAGCACGCGUUGUCCCACAAAUAACUUUCCUGCUGUACAGCUUUCUAUUUUGUUCCGACAUCCAGUGUUCGUUCAUUAGCCAACUCGUCGCCAGGAGAUGAUCACAAUCGGCGAUAUGGUCCAUCCAUCGGCCCAACGAAGUGAAACGGUUCAACAAAGAGAACAAGAAGAUUUUGUUUUCACUCCGCAACACAGACCUAGUCCACCUUCUCCGACGAACGGCCGUUCACACUAUCAGCGAGUUCAGUUCCGAAGAAUGUACCGUUACGGAUUGUCACUGCUGCUGGUCGGGGCCCUUUGCAACUGGAUCGGUUUCGCCCAACAUUAUUUCGCUCCAGUUCGGUAUUUAGGCGUCGGAUGCGUCGUUGCUGGUGCACUUUGCAUCUGCAUUGCGCUUUGUCGGUGGCUAACGAUUCGUGAUAGAUGCAGCGAUCCAUCCACCAAUCAGGAGGUCUCCUGUGGUGCAGAACCCAAUAUUCAUGUCAUAACCGUCUCGGUUCAGAAUGGCGAUUCAUUCCAGCAACCAGCCAGCAUCCUCACCAAACCGCCUGAUUACGAGACGGCCGUCGGGUGUAAACCUCCGUCUUACGAAGAAGCAGUCAGAAUCUCUCCAGCUGUAUUUUUGCAUCAAAAUUCUUAUCCAGUAUCGGUUACUUUACCCGAUUCGGCAGCGCCUGUCAGCACUCCUGCUCCUCCCAGUCGACCGAUCGAUGGGCAGCACUUCACAAACUGAUGGUGGAUGUAAUAGUAUAGACUGAGUACAUGUGCACAAACCGGGCUCUCCUCUGCUGCAGAGGGUAUGCUCCGCACAAAAACAAUAUCUUUCAUGAACCGGCUUGAUUCAACUCCGGCUCGUUUUUCCUCCGAACUUCAAUCCGUAAAAUGAACCCGUAUGGUAAUUCUACGGCCAGAAGUCUUGAGAGAAGUUUAUAAUGUUCAUUAUACCGUGUCGGAUAACGGUGAAAUUGAUUGAACAAUGACCAAUUGAAACAUGUUGCAAUUGGUUUUAUUGUUCUUUUUUACGUAAUUGUGAAAUUGUGUCUUACUGAAAGCAAUUGUAAAUAACGCUGCAUUUUAAAAAUUAGAUUUGUGUUUGAAAAAUGCAAAGGGACCAUGUGAAAAGUUUUCUCGUAACUAAAGAUCUUCAAUGCGAUUUCUUCUUUUUACUCUUUACCAGAAUUGUUAUAACUAUCGUAGAUUGAUGGACGUAAACUUUUGAGUCUCUAGUCAAGGUUCAAAUGUCGUCAAUGAUUGCGAAUUAUGUUUCAAAUGCCAUGUCUGCUCGUUGACACUCCGUCCUUGCACAUUGUAGUAUCUCCUUUAAUGCGCGAUACAUCAAAUAAAAUAUGUUUUUUGUUGUGUUGAAA